AUGUUCAAUCUUACCUGUGUUGAUGGUUUCAGAUAUCCUGGCCUAGAGGAAGUCUACGUCACUGAUUUGAUACCACUCACCCAAGGGCCUGCUACUAUUUCCUCGGACCAGAAAUUAUGCCUAUUCAACCCUCUCAGUCUCAGACCUGGCCCGUUGAAGACGUUGCAGACGAACCAUGGUAAUCUCACAUGUGCAAAGGCUUUUGAUAUCAGCGGCUCGAUUGUGGCUACAGCAGGAGAGAAUGGCAGUGUCUCCAUGUGGGAUUUGAGACUAGAUGAGAAACAAGCAGAGGUUGCCCGCAUGACAGACAACCAAGUGCCAGUCCUAUCGCUUGCUUGUUCAAGCUCUGGCUUUAGCGUCGUGGCAGGAACUGAACUUCGGCAAAGUCAAGCCUCCAUUCUGAUCUGGGAUGUUCGCUCCACACCAACACCACGACAAAAGUAUCAGGAAGUCCACAGCGAUGACAUUUGCGAGCUGAACUUCCACCCAAGUGAUCCCAAUAUCCUGCUGUCUGGAUCUACUGAUGGGCUCGUCAAUGUAUACGACACUCGGAUAACAGAUGAGGAUGAGGUGGUGAUUCAGACGUUCAAUCACGAUGCCUCAAUUCAUCACGCUGCCUUUUUGAAUGACACAGAUGUCUUCGCCGUUUCUCAUGAUGAAAGGUUCGCAGUAUACAGCAUGGCCGAGGAUCAGGAGAAGGGAUCUGCGCUCAACAGCUUUGGUGACAUGCGGGAAGUCCUAGGUUGCCAAUACAUUGCCAAUGUGUCUGCCAAAGCCAAUGGUGCAGGAGCCGUCAUCGGUGCCGGAUCGCACGACCAACAAAUGUUCGAGCUUGUGCAUUUGACAAGGGGGGCAGAAUGGACCCUCGACCGGGCGAAUAGCGUAGGACUGCCUGGAGCACACUCGUCCGAGAUUGUGCGCAGCUUCUGCUUCUAUGACGAGGCGCAGAUGGUGUUUAGUGUCGGCGAGGACGGAUACAUCAAGUCUUGGAAACCGAGCUCGUAG